GGUACAUCGAGACAUAUAGAUUUGAACGAUCUAAUGACCAACUCUUACAAUCCGUCAAUACAAUAAAUAUAGUGCAGUGCGGUCACAUUCCUGGUAUUGACAAGUUACGAAGUGAGCAGAUUCGCGCUCUCCUCAUCACCCCACGCGUUCAAUCAGAAAUCAGAAACGACCCCUAUAAGCUACAAGGCCACGAAUCCACGUACACAGUCUUGAAUCUUGCGAACAUGGUCUCCAUCUCUCGGCUCUCUUGCGAACACUACGAAACUCCCUUGGGGAUCCACCAUACCCGACCUCGUCUCUCAUGGCGAUUCGAAGGGUCGGAAGUCGAUUGGAAACAAGCUUCGUAUGACCUGGAGAUACGGUACCUUCCUCUGAGGUCCAAUAACGGAGACGAGGAGGGGGAGGUUGAGCGGCAUCAUAUCGACUCUGCGCAGUCCGUCUUGGUACCUUGGUCCGGUCGUGAACUCGUCUCGAGGGACAACGUACAGGUUCGAGUCAGGUCCAACGGCGAGGAUGGAAGCAGUACCAAUUGGUCCGAGAUCACCCUCCAAGUCGCUCUCCUCUCACCUUCCGACUGGACCGCUAGGCUACUCGGAGGUCCCGCCAGCGACGUCGACGCUGCCCACAGGCCGAUCCUGCUGCGAAAGACCUUCCCAGUCGACCGAUCUGAUAGUGCUAGACUCUACAUCACGGCCCAUGGAUGCUACAAGGUAUUCAUCAACGGCCAUCGGGUCGGGGAGAAAGCUCUAGCUCCGGGAUGGCAGAGUUAUCACCAUCGCCUGCUUUAUCAGACGUAUGACGUCUCAGACCUUCUGAAAAAGGGGGAGGAGAAUGUCAUCGGAAUGGUAUUGGGGGAAGGAUGGUUCGCGACACGGCUGAAUUUUGGGGGUGGGAGACGGAACAUCUGGGGUGCGGAUCUGGGCGUUCUUGCACAGCUGGAAAUAGGGGGCAAGACCGUGGUCCAGACCCGAGCCGACGAAGGCUGGGAAUGGGCUCACGGACCCAUCAUCAGCAGCGAGAUAUACGAUGGCGAGGUGUACGACGCUCGACAAGUACUUCCGGAUUGGUUCGAACCGGGAUCGACGUCCGGCACCUGGUCGAAGACGGUCCGCGACGUAGGGUUCCCCCGUGGAAAGCUUAUCGCUGCGGAAUGUCCCCCGGUGAGGGUAACACAGUCUAUCAGGCCCAAGGAGAUCAUCAACACACCGUCGGGCAAAACCAUCCUCGAUUUCGGGCAAAACCUCGUCGGGUGGCUCAAGGUCGAGAAUCAUCCUUCCGAUCUGAACGAAGGGGAUGUUAUCCGGUUCUUACACGCCGAGGUCUUGGAAGACGGGGAGCUGGGGACGAGGCCUUUGCGUGAUGCGAAAGCGCAGGUGGAGAUUACUGUCGGGCAGGAAGGUGGAUUGGCAGGAUACGAGCCUAGCUUUACGUUCCAUGGAUUCCGGUACGCCCAGAUUGAGGGUUGGAAGGGCGUCUCGCUCGAUGAUCUCACGGCCCAGGUCGUCCAUACCGACAUGGAACGGACAGGGUGGUUCGAGUGCGAUCAUCCACUGAUCAACAAGUUGUGGGAAAACGUCAAUUGGGGUCUCCGUGGUAACUUCGUAUCGGUCCCUACCGAUUGUCCUCAGCGGGACGAACGACUCGGUUGGACGGGAGAUCUACAGGUGUUUGCCGAGACGGCGAGUUUCUUGUACGAUACGAGCUCGACGCUGGGAGGAUGGUUGCAGGAUCUAGCCGCUGAGCAGAUCGAGGAUUGGGAAGGGGUCGUGCCGCUCGUCGUGCCCAACACGCUGGGAAAUCUCUUUGGCCCGCCACCCCCUUCGGCAAUCUGGGGAGACGUGGCCGUCUUGACGCCCAAGGACUUGUAUGUGGCUUCGGGUGAUAUGGAUCUCGUUGCCAAGCAAUACGAGAGUAUGAAGACUUGGAUGGACAAGGGGAUCAAGCGGAGCGCCAAAGGGUUGUGGGACAGCAAAGGACCUCAGUUUGGAGAUUGGCUGGAUCCCAAGGCGCCCCCUGAUGCGCCUCAGGAUGGAAGGACCGAUAACAUGCUCGUCGCCGAUGCAUGGCUGGUCCAUACCACCGAGGUCAUGGCCAAGAUGGCCGAGACCCUGGGAUAUGCCGAAGAUGCCAAUCGGUACGCUGAUGACGCCCGACGUCUCAAAGUCGAGUACCAGCAAGAAUACAUUACCCCCAACGGAAGGAUGAUGUCCGACACCCAAACAGCGCUCGCCCUGGCGCUACACUUCCACUUGUUACCUGAAGCCUCUGUCGAGGUCGCUAGGGAUCGUCUCGAUCAUCUGGUCCGAAAGGCCAUCUUCCAGAUCUCGACCGGGUUCGCGGGGACUCCGAUCAUCUUGCAUGCCUUGAGCGAUAAUCAGCUGUUACAGCAUGCCUAUAGGAUGUUUCAGGAGAAGCAGUAUCCCUCGAUCCUCUAUCCUGUCAGCAUGGGCGCGACGACGAUUUGGGAAAGGUGGGACAGCAUGUUACCCGAUGGUAGGAUCAACCCUGGCGAGAUGACCAGCUUCAACCAUUAUGCCCUCGGCAGUAUCGCUUCAUGGCUGCACAAGGUGGUCGGCGGACUCGCUCCGUUAACUCCAGGCUGGCAAGACAUCCUCUUCAAACCCCGUCCAGGCGGUUCUCUCACCUCGGCCAGAGCGACCCAUACGAGUCCGUACGGUGAGAUCAGCUGCGCUUGGAAGCUCGAUGGACGGCAACUCGAAGUGACGGUCUCGGUCCCGCCGAACUGUACGGGCCGCGUGGUCCUUCCCGGUGUCGACGAGAGGAUCGGGAGCGGUUGCAAGACCUAUUCUGUCGAGUGGGAACCCGAAGCGGAAUGGCCCCCAAAGUCGUACCAGUUGCCAUUCGGGCCUCCCAAGCCCGAUGUUCCAGCAUGAGCGAGCAUGAUGUCUAGGCAAGACAUUACCGUGUUUGCGCGAUGUCAUGGUAUUCUCUGUCGGUUGAUCGUGAUGAAUGUACUCCGCUUCAGUACUUUUGCAGAUGGCAACUAAUGCUCGACGGUCACCGAGACCAGGGACGUUGCUCUCGAACCCUUUUUCUUUCGUUUUCAGAGCGAGCAAAGGUUUCUCGAUGCCUGACCUCGGUGAUGGUGCUGGGGAUGGUACGCGCCCGUAUGCAACCAUCUUCUAAUUCAGGUUGUCCAUGCCGAUUUCCGCACAAUAUGGUGAAUAUAAAGUCCCUUGCAGUACACGUCGCGCUAUACUAUAGCAUCCUUGAUAGUAACAAUCGAAUGCAUGUCGUAAUAACCCGAGUGAGCUGCAUGCUGCACUGAUGAUUCGAUUGACGCAUUUCGGCCCACCCAAGCUUCUGAUUGUUGUAUGAUACGACGCAUGACAUGCAUGGCAUUACGCUAUAUGCUAGCAUGCUACAUGC